GAACUCGGGUCCAAAUUUGCUUCCGGCCUUGUGGUGGCGGUGGCGGUGGCGGUGCCGGCCGGUCGACUUGACCACGUUCCAGCGGGACCGACGCCGCGCCGCCGGGCUGCUCCCGCUCCCUCGCCGCCCGGAAAGACGGGAGAGUGGCCGCCGCCGCCUGCUGCUGCUUCUCUAGCGCUGCUCCUCGAUGGGUCAAGGUCUGAGCCAGGACGCCCAGGCGGUGGAGGAGCCUUCUCCGCCUGCCGUCGAGGCGGCGCCGUCGCCGUCGCCUUCCCCUGCCCCGGCGUCCUCUUCACUCGAGGCGCUCGCCGCAGAGGCUAUGUCAUUUGAUAAGGAUGACAAUGAGUCAAUUGAUGUGAAGGUACAGAAAGCACUGGACUGUCCAUGUGUAGCCGAGUUGAAAAGUGGUCCUUGCGGAAGUCAAUUUGUCGAUGCAUUUUCCUGCUUCCUGAAAAGCACAGAGGAAGAAAAGGGAUCAGAUUGUGUGAAGCCGUUUAUCGCAUUGCAGGACUGCAUUAAAGUUAAUCCAGAGGCCUUCUCUAAAGAGAUUUUGGAAGAAGAGGAAAAUGACGAGGAGGCUGAGAAGUCCAACCUGAAAGUUAGAGCACCAGCAUGGUCUAGAGAAUCUAAGCCAAAGCUUUGAGUGGAUUGGGUGGCAUUGACGGAUACAGUGAUACAGGCAUUCCUCCACCAGUCGACACAUAUUUCAUCUUGUUUCUUUUACGAAUGCUUCCGUAUUAGAUCAAUUGUUUUUGAGAUGAUGGCUGAAAAAAAGAAGCGUCCAUGAUUCUUCGGCAGAAAUAAGUACAUUAUGUGGUAGAAGUGUUUCCACUAUUUGUUUUAGAACAAAUAUUUAGUGUUCAGAUGGAGAACUGACAAACCUGUAAUAUUGAUGUCAGUUCUAGACGGAUUAUACAGGUGGGUGGAGAAUAGAGAUCAAAGUUAAUUA